ACAGCUGAUGAAGUCCUGAGUAGAGUUAUAAAGAAGCAUAAAGCCAGUCUGAAGAGGAAGUUUGAGAACAUAUCUGAAGGCAUCAUCAAACCAGGAGCUGAGACACCCCUCAAUAAGAUCUACACGGAGCUCUACAUCACAGAGGGAGAGAGUGAAGGGGUGAAUAAGGAACAUGAGGUUUGGCAGGUAGAGUCAGCAUCCAGAGCACAAACCACAGAAGACACACCAAUCAACUGCAAUGACAUCUUCAAGCCCUUACCUGGACAGGAGAAGAACAUCAGAACUGUGAUGACCAAAGGUGUUGCUGGCAUUGGAAAAACAGUCUCAGUGCAGAAGUUCAUUCUUGAUUGGAUAGAUGGGGUAGCCAAUCAAAAUGUAGACUUUAUCUUUCCCAUUCCUUUCCGUGAGCUGAAUUUGGUCAGGAAUGAUCAGUAUAGUCUUCACAAACUUCUGCUUGACUUCCAUCCUGAACUGAAGGAGCUGAAGGAUGGUGAAGAAUACAACAACUGUCAGGUUGUGUUCAUCUUUGAUGGUUUGGAUGAAAGUCGAUUACCUCUGAAUUUCCAACAGAACAUGAUAUCUGAUUUAAAACAAAUAUCAUCAGUGGAUGUUCUGAUGACAAGCCUGAUUCAGGGAACUCUGCUUCACGCGGCACACAUUUGGAUAACCUCACGACCAGCAGCAGCCAGUCAAAUUCCUGCUCAGUGCAUCGAUCAGGUGACAGAAGUACGAGGGUUCAAUGACCGACAGAAGGAAGAGUACUUCAGAAAGAGAAUCAGUGAUGAGAAUCAGGCCGACAGAAUCAUCUCACACAUUAAGGCAUCCAGGAGUCUCCACAUCAUGUGCCACAUUCCAGUCUUCUGUUGGAUAGCAGCCACUGUACUUCAGCAGAUGCUGGACAAGACUGAAGACAUUCCCAAAACUCUGACUGACAUGUUCAUACACUACUUGCUCAUCCAGACCAGAAGGAAGGAUCAGAAGUAUGAGAGUGGAACUGAGACAGAAGAAGAGACAUAUCUUAAAACUCAGAAAGAAAUGUUACUGAAGCUUGGAGAACUGGCUUUCAAUUAUCUAGAAAAUGGCAAUCUGAUGUUUUAUGAGGAAGAUCUGAGAAAGUGUGGCAUUGAUGUCAGUGAAGUCUCAGUAUUCUCUGGCAUGUGCAAUGAAAUCUUCAAGGAAGAAUCUGUGUUUCACCAGAGGAAGGUCUACUGCUUCGUGCACCUGAGCAUUCAGGAGUUUCUGGCAGCUGUGUUUGUGUUUCACUCUUAUGUUACUGAGAACCUUGAGGCCCUAAAAUCCCUCCUCAGUGAAGAACAUGAACCCAGUCCUGUUUUAACAUCUCUUCAAUCAGUGCUGGGCUUACAAUCUCAUCAUUUACAUGUGUUACUUAAGAGUGCAGUGGAUAAGGCUUUGAAGAGCAAAAAUGGACACCUGGAUCUUUUCCUUCGCUUCCUUAUGGGCAUCUCUCUGGAGAGCAAUCAGAUACUUUUGAAAGGUCUACUGAACCACAAACACAGCAGCUCAAAGAGCACCAAGGAAAUAUGUAAAUACAUUAAGAAGCUCAACAGGGAAGAUCUCUCUCCUGAACGAUGCAUCAAUCUUUUCCAUUGCUUAUUUGAAAUGAACGAUCAUUCCAUGCACAAAGAAAUGACAAAAUAUCUGGAGUCACCGAAGAACAUCAACCAGAAAUUGUCCCCUGCUCACUGUUCAGCACUGGCCCACAUACUUCUGAUGUCUGAGGAGGUGCUGGAUGAGUUUGACCUGAAGAAAUACAACACAUCAGAUGAGGGACGCAGGAGACUGCUUCCUGCUGUGAGAUGCUACAGAAAGUUACGUUUUGUCACUAUGUUUUGCAGACUUGCUGAAUGCACAAUCAAAGAUAAGUCGUGUGGAAUUGUGGCUACUGUUCUACAGUCACCAAACUCCCUGACAGAGCUGGAUCUGGGUAACAAUGACCUGGGAGAUUCUGGAGUUCAGCUUCUCUCUAACGGACUGUGUAGUCCCCACUGCAAACUGCAGACAUUGAGACUUGCUGAAUGCACACUCACAGACAAGUGCUGUGGAAUUGUGGCUAUUGUUCUACAGUCACCAAACUCCCUGACAGAGCUGGACCUGGGUAACAAUGACCUGGGAGAUUCUGGAGUUCAGCUCCUCUCUAAUGGACUGCGUAGUCGCCACUGCAAACUGCAGACAUUAAGGCUCUCUGAUUGUCUCAUCUCAGAAAAGGGUUGUAUUUGUCUGGCUUCAGCUCUGUCUUCAAACCCCUCCCACCUAAAAGAGCUGGAUCUGAGCUACAAUCAUCCCGGAGAAUCAGGACUGAAGCUGUUAUCUGUUAUACUGGAGGAUCCUGUCUGUAAACUGGAGAAGCUUAAUGUCUGGAAUGAGCUCACACUGGACCCAAACACAGCAUACAGACAUCUCUAUCUCUCUGAGGGGAACAGAAAGGUGACAUGGGUGUAUACGAGGAAGCCGUAUCCUGACCACCCAGAGAGAUUUGAUUUGUGGUCUCAGGUGUUGUGUAGAGAGGGUCUGUCUGGACGCUGUUACUGGGAGGCUGAGUCGAGUGGGCGUGGGGCUGAUAUAUCUGUGGCGUAUAAAAGCAUCAAGAGGAAAAGGAGGAGUGAUGACAGUCUGCUGGGACGUAAUGACAAGUCCUGGAGUUUUUCUCACACUUACUCUGCCUGGCACAAUAAAGAACACACUGUCAUACCUGUCCCCUCCUCCCGCUCCAGAAGAGUAGGAGUGUACCUGGACUGGCCGGCCGGCUCUCUGUCCUUCUACAGCGUCUCCUCUGACACACUCACCCACCUUCACACGUUCCACUCCACAUUCACUGAGCCCCUCUAUCCAGGGUUUGGGCUUUAUCAUGCCUCCUCAUUGACCCUGUGCCAGAUCACAUGA